CAUCGGCUGGAGUUGGGCUCAGCUCUGGGUCUGGGCUGGGAUCUCAGGCUGAGUGGAGGAAUUGGGCCUUGUGGGAGGUGUCCUUGAGCCUCUCUGGAUGUCUCAUGGAUGGGAAUAGGAGGCAGUGAGGGAGAAGGGGCAGAGCACCCCAGAGCCCUGUCAGAUUUCUGACCCAAAAUGCAGGUGGGGGGUGGGCAAGGCUUGGCCAAGGUCACACAGCAAGGACCAGGGUGGUAUCCUUUCUCACUCCUCCGGCCUCCUUCUGCAGGGUGCUUCAAGGAUGAUCGCAUCGUCUUCUGGACUUGGAUGUUCUCCACCUACUUCAUGGAGAAAUGGGCCCCCCGGCAAGAUGACAUGCUCUUCUAUGUGCGUCGGAAGCUGGCCUAUGGGGGCAGCAGUGAGAGCAGCACCGAUGGGAGGAAGCAGGCUGAGGCUGAGCCCGAGGUGGAAGUGGAGGUGUACCGGCGGGACUCCAAGAAGCUGCCAGGCCUCGGAGACCCUGACAUCGACUGGGAAGAGAGCGUCUGCCUGAAUCUCAUCCUGCAGAAGCUGGACUACGUGGUGACCUGUGCGGUGUGCACACGCGCUGAUGGGGGGGACAUUCACAUCCAUAAGAAGAAAUCCCAGCAAGUGUUUGCUUCCCCCAGUAAGCACCCCAUGGAUAGCAAAGGGGAAGAGUCCAAGAUCAGUUACCCCAACAUCUUCUUCAUGAUCGACAGCUUCGAGGAGGUGUUUAGUGACAUGACUGUGGGGGAAGGAGAGAUGGUCUGUGUGGAGCUGGUGGCCAGUGACAAAUCCAACACUUUCCAAGGGGUCAUCUUUCAGGGCUCCAUCCGCUAUGAGGCCCUCAAGAAGGUGUACGACAACCGGGUGAGCGUGGCUGCCCGCAUGGCGCAGAAGAUGUCAUUUGGCUUCUACAAGUACAACAACAUGGAGUUUGUGCGCAUGAAGGGACCACAGGGCAAAGGUCAUGCUGAGAUGGCAGUCAGCCGUGUGUCUACUGGCGACACGUCCCCCUAUGGGACCGAAGAGGACUCCAGCCCUGCUUCGCCCAUGCACGAGCGGGUGACCUCCUUCAGCACACCCCCCACUCCGGAGCGGAACAACCGGCCCGCCUUCUUCUCCCCAUCCCUCAAAAGGAAGGUGCCCCGGAACCGGAUCGCUGAGAUGAAGAAGUCUCAUUCAGCCAACGACAGCGAGGAAUUCUUCCGGGAGGACGAUGGUGGAGCUGAUCUGCACAAUGCAACCAAUCUGCGGUCUCGGUCCCUGUCUGGCACCGGACGGUCCCUGGUGGGUUCCUGGCUGAAGCUGAACAGAGCAGAUGGAAACUUCCUUCUCUAUGCACACUUAACCUAUGUCACUUUGCCACUGCAUCGGAUUCUAACAGACAUCCUGGAAGUGCGGCAGAAGCCCAUCCUGAUGACCUAGCUGUGUGCGGAGCCCGUGCGGAGCCCCUGGCCCUGCCCGGCCCUGGGAGUGCUGCCAAGUGCCUACCUGUCCACCGCCACCGGGGUCUUCUGUGACAAGCCAGCGCCAGAGCUGGAGCCAGGCGGGGCCACUCGAUUCCCAGGGCCAGGGCCGACUCCACGAACACCAGCCCAAACUGAAGUGCCUCUUCCUCCCCUGCUGGCUCUGCUCCCACCCUGUGCCCACCCGCCCAUCGCCCCCCAGCCCAUCUCUGGAGAUCCCUCUGCACCCAAAGAGGAACAGAGAUGCCAAGAGGCCAUGAGAGAGUUCAGGGGGUAGCCAGCGUCCAGAACGUGUCCAGACCUACCGACAUGGUGUUCACAUCCCAACAAACACCAGUUGGAGACCACCCAGCCGGGAGCACUCAGUGUGUCAAACUGUCAACGCUUUCUUAAGGAAAACCAGUUCAAGAUUUUAUAAUGCUACGCCAAUGAACUUCAGCAUCCAAGUUAGUCCCGACUCGUCCUCCCCUAGUUUACCCCUUUGUUACAAUAGGUUACCAUGGGGAGAUGGGGAGACAAGAUAUUUGGUGGCUUUGCCCUGGGCUGGGAAUACCUCACCCCACGCCCAGUUCCAGAAAGGCCUUGAGCUGAGCAGACAGGCCCCGAUCCUGCCAGAAUGGCCUUUUGCUUCCAGCCAAAGAACAUCGCCAACAUAUACACCUCCAACCUGGGGACAUCCCACUCGGCCUUGGCCAGAGUGACCCGCAGAAUUUGGAUUCUGAGGGUAGGUGGGAGGGCUUGGUGGCCUGGCAGAAGAAUGGAUUUCUGCCAAAGGGCGUCUGAUGUUGGUGGGGUUAGCAUCCUCCCAGGAAGUUUCUAGGUAGAAAACCCAUCUUCUGGGGGCUUGGGGAGAAGGGGGGGAUGUUGUUUCAUCUUCCUUGGUUUCCUAGAGGUUAUUUCCUUAGACCGAGUGUGCUGGUCCCAUUUCUCCAGACCAGCUCACUGAGGCCAAGAGCAAUUGGCUCAGAUGGCUUGUGCAGCCAGGCUAGUCAGCGGGUGUGCACGGCUGCCCAGCCCCGGCCUGCCUGCGGCCUCUCCAAGCUGCGAUGACACACACUGCACUGUCCUCAAGAGCAGAGGCGUCCCCCACCCAACUGGGAAUCAACUGGAAGCUGGGUCUCUUUGUUACUGUAUUGUGUGUGAAGUCCCCAGGAAUACUUGAGGGGUUCUGAUGAUGUGUUUAGGGAUCUUUGUGGGGAGAAAAGGAAGAGGAGAGGUUCGUUCUCCUGUCUGUUUUUAUUCUGCAGGCUCCGGGAACAGGGGACUACUUUGGGGCUUUCUCCAGAUUUUGUAUGUUAUUAAAAGCGAGCUAUUGCAUUUCAUCCUGCCUCAGUUUGCCCACCUGUAAAAUGGGGCCGAUACCACCUACCUCACUGCAGUCUCCAGAGUUCAAGCGCAUGACUGGGCCAGGGUGCGAUCACCAGUCAUGCAUAGCUUGGGUCAGGCGUCAGACUGUUGGGAUGCUCACCCUGUACCCUCUUUGUAAUAACCCAAGCCAAGAUGACGUGCAGGGGGGUGGAACAUUCUCAUGUUCUCUAACUGUCCAGCUCAGGCUUGAAUUGCUUCUCAGUGCUACACGAUUUCAUGUUCCAAACCAGUGUCCGCUGGGGGUAGCAUAAUCAGGUCACAGCCCAGAGUGUUGGAGCACAGCCUCAGGGAGCUGUGAGCGUGCCCCAGUAUUCCAGUACACCGUCUUGAAUGUUCUCUAGGGGUGCCAAAUGCUGCUCCCAAGUUUAUGUCCAAGGUGGCUAAAAUACACCCGUUUUUUGAGGAACUUCUCCCUUGUCGUUCUGGGGUCUGAAGACUCUGGAACUGGGAUCUGGGGAGAAAGACAGGCCUGAUGUAUUUUCUGUGGUGCAGUGGCUUGCCCUCUGUUCACUGAGGGGAGCAGCACGAGAAGGUUCCCUCCCCUGGAGCCAGAACUCGGCCCCACUCUGAGGCUCAGCCAGCAUUCCUGAAUGGGCCUGGGCAAGCUGUACUCCUCUUCUGCAAGAUGGUGAAUCUAAGUCUGCCCGCCUCACAGGGUGACUGUGAGGACCGAUGGCACUAAUGCGUGAAAGCGCUUUGCAGAUCAUGGAAAUGUGUGCAAAUGGCGGUAUUUUAGAGACACACCCCAAUUUGUAAAGCACGUGAACAGAUGCACACAGUAGUCUGUUCUACCCCUAACAGAGGUGGCACCGUCAUGUGCAGGCACUGUUGUAAGCACUUAGGUACCAUCGGUAUUCUCAUCUUACAGAGGAGGAAACAACCAAAGAGGCUAAGUGGACUGCCCAGAACUGAACAGCAAGUAGUAGUGAGGGCAGGAGCAGACCCAGGCCUCUGGCCCAGUCUGCACUCUCACCGCACUGGGCCGCCGCCUGGGACAGAUGGACAGGCAUUCGGUGGUCUACCUUGCUCAGUCUUUCAGUCCUCUCCAAGGUGUUCAGUAUUUCUGAUACUGAAUUUAAAACAUGCUCAGAGGCACUUGAUAACUGGGCACUAAGCUGUUACUCUGAGGUUUUUUUCCAAGUAAUGAAUGACAUCAGAAACAAAGUAAUAGAGUGACAAAUGACAGGGCUGGAAACAGUGCCCUGCCUCCAGUGUCCUGGUAUUGAUACAUAUUUAUUUCUUGUAAGGCCAUCUUAAAUCUUUCUGGAACCAUGCCUGUCUCUUGUAUGAUGCGGGGGUGACCAAAGUGUGCACAGCUCUCCUAAAUGGGAGUUGGAAUUAAAAUUUUCCUGAGGAAAACUAGGUGUCACAUCUUAGGACAUAAAGAAUGUUGUGGGUUGUUUUCUUUCUUUUAAAGAAACGUCAUCCUAAAUUCUGAUAGGUGAUACAUCGUCUCCAUCUACACCUUUUCUUUCACACACGAACGUUCAGGCAACGUUCAUCUCACGUACUGUUGUCUGGAACUUGUAGUUGCCUACAAAAACAGCCAAGUCUCAUUAUUUCAAAAUAAGAAUAUGAUUUAAAACACAAGUAACAGAGAAGUAGUCAAAAGAGAGUAAAAAGCAGCAAAAUGUUCUGUGGUCCAGUCAGCUUGGAGGUGGGAGGGGUUUUCCGAUGAGUCACAUUGUGGUUAACAUUUAGGCUUUUUAAGGACUGAGCAAAUCGUCAGAAGUCAGCGAGGUUUCUGUGUGUGCAGUGAGGAUUGUAGGACACACGGGCAUGUUCCUGAUGUCCCUCCUUCCCGCCAAAGAAUCUAGCCAGAAUCAGACCAGGAUCUAUUUUUGCUGUUUUAAUCCCAAAUAGUAGAAGACUUUUGAAGAAUGAGGGGAAAAGUUUUUUUUCCCACUAAGAGACAUUACAAGGAAGCCCCUGUGCAGCUGGUAUAUUCAUUCUAACAACUGACUUUUGAAAAAUAUAUAUAUUUGACAGUGUUAUAAUAUGGUGGGUUUUAACUGAUGGCCAAAACUCUUUAAAGGCUUAUAUAUUAAAAAUCUCCCAACUUUUUAAUGAACUUAAAAUGUUUCACUGUGAUAUAUAUUCUCUCUUCAUUUUUCCAAUUUAGCUGGAAUUUGGUUUCAUACCUGGUUUCAAAAACCAAGUAUCUUUUGACAUUACAUUGAUUCUUCCUGUUCAGACUUUGUCUUUAUAUCAGAAAGCGGAAUUAGUUCUCACUUAAAAAUAACCACCCUGGUCAUAAGCCAAAGACUGUAAAGGGAUAUAAAAACGCAGUGCCCUUGAACUUGAAUGGAAGUAGCCAUUGGAGGCGUCAGCAACAGCCCUUCAAGGGAGAGCUGCUCUGGCUACGUGGCCAGAAUGCCACCCAUCCCUCUUGCUGAUGACCUCUGGAAGUUAGGUGAUGGCUACCUGCUGGAUCUUCUCUCUUUUCCUUUUCACCGACUGACUUGACACAGACAUGGUCUUCAGCGGAAAAAGGAAUCCUCCAGCCCUUUCUCUGAGCAUCUGGAACAAAUAGCCCCUGGAGCACUCCUUGGAACACCACACACCUGAGCCGCGUGGCCUGGGGCUUGGGUUCAGAGUUCAGCAGGUGGAGCCUCAGAAAUGGAGGAAGCCACGAUGUGUGAUGAGUUUGCGAGUCUGUAUUUCCAGUUUUCUGCUAUUCCUAAGGCAAUUAGGCAUUUUUAUUGUUACGACUCCAGUCCUUGAGCUCAGUAGAUCAAAAAGAACAGUGAUCCUCCAACUCUCCUGAGUAGCUCGAAGAAUUCUAUCUUCUUCUUUUGUCCUUUAGUCCCCCACUUAGUAGAGGGUCAGGCAGUUUAGGUGUAAAUAGCAAUCUUUUAUGGUUUCCAAACAAAUUCUAUGUAUGAGAGUAAUUAAAUCUGCAGAGAAAACCUGUUGAGAUUUUUCACUACUUUGAGGCUUAACUUGUGAUUUCUGCAAAAUAUAUUUUAGCAAAUAUAUUUUAACCCACGACAGCAUACAUUGAAUAUAUUAGUAGGCUAAUUGUCCGAGAUAUUUCCAUAAACGUCAUCAACAGCAUUUUUGAUUAACCAUCUUCCACACCCAGUAGAAGUUAUUUCUAGGCAAUGUUUGUGGUUGGCUGUUUGCUUCGCUUUAUGAUUUCAUGUUUCUUUUGAAAGUUGAUUUGCAUGUGAGAGAUUAAAUUUAUUUUUCUUCUGUGUUCUCUAAUAAAUCUGUACCUAUUUCUUUUUCUCUGUAACAGGCAUUUCAGGUUAAAUACUGUAAAGAUGUUACAGCAAAGUGAUAACUUAGUGAUUGAAUCUCAAUUUGCCCCCAAGAUUCCUUAAACAUUUUUUGGAGCUUUCAGACAAACUACUUUUUUGAGAUGGAAUGUGUAACUGACAGAAGCCACCCUGUGCUCUGGCUUUGGCAGUCGUUAGCCAAUGAGGAGUCUGAGAGGGGUUCAGCGGGCUGGUGACUGCUGUUUGGCCAGAUUCCAUAUUUGCAAAGUUAAGUCCUAUUUAGCUCUUGGCCCCCAUAAAGUAGCAUAUAUCCCUUCAGUUGUACUGUUAGAUUUCCCACGCUUAUUCUAGAGAAACACUUAGGAAAACCCCACAGAAGUGGAAAAAUGACUGGAAUAAAAGCCAGGAGUCCAAGUUCAAGUUUUGGCAAGCUCCCAAUAAGCCACCUGGUCUAGAAGAUAGGUUUUUGGACCAGGUGGUCUUUGUUAUCUUGCAACUCUAUGAUGAAGUAGUAUGCUGCAGCUGCUUACAUCUGCUUUCUGCCUGAUCCUUCCAGAGUGCAAGUUCAUUGUAGGUGGAGGCAGCUGAGAGUUACCUUUCACACAACAGGCCUUUUCUUUCUAUGGUUGGAUGUAUUUGUUACGGCACAAAGUGAUGGGCAUAAGGAAGGCCUACGACACUAGAAUGCUGCAGUAUAGAAAAUGAGGGACAGAGAAAAGGGGGUCUGAGAGGAACACAUAUUCAUUAUGUAUACAGCGAUUCAGUAUGGGACUUAACACCAAUGACACCACUUGUAAACAGUCACUGCCUUAGAAACACUAGACCAGGAAAAUUUUCAGACCCAGCUUCUCCAAGAGCAGACUGUGCAAGAUAGUGGUUUAGCAGGUAAAAAAAAGAUUUCCUUGCCAUCUAGAUCAAACCGCCUUCUUUUAACAGUCACCUGAAAGAUGUUUAAUAGAUAUUUGGGAAUAGUCUCUACCUUGGAAGCUACCUGCAAUAACCUCAUUCCUUUCAAUGGCCUACUCUUGAAGGUUAAUGUUGCCAUUUCGGAUCUUUUAUCCCAUCUUAGAUGGACUUUUAGGAACUGUCAUGCCCUAGCUUAGAAAAGAAUGCUGACUGGGAAGAAAAACCUUUGGGAAUCUUAUACCAGGAGAAGAGGGAAAAGUAAAAUAACUUAAUACAUACAGUAACAUAGUUCAUUGUAUAUAUACAUGUUGACUGUGGAAAUGCUGUACUUUGUGCUUGAUUGUUAAAAUGACAAGAACAGCUGGAAAAUGUACAUGAGGAAGGAAGGGAAAAUACUUGUUUCUGGGGAUGAUAAAAAAAAGGAUCUUGUGUCUCUUUGUUUACAGCUUCAUUGAAUUGCCUCCUGACAGCCUCUAUAUAAGCCAACAGGUUAACAAGAUAUUUCUUUCCUACAUGUGAACUAAGGGUCUUCAUCUUGGAAUUUUACUUUAAUAAAGCAACUAGGUUGCUCAAUUUUAAAUAACCAUGGUUCUUAGUGAACUUUAAUGAUUUUAUUUUGAAUAAACAAUCUUGCUCAAAGGA